GACACAACUGAAUUUCACCGUCGCCAUCGACUUCACGGCCUCCAACGGGAUGCCAUCACAUCCCACCUCACUGCACUAUGCGAGCCCCUACCAGCUGAGUGCCUAUGCGCUGGCGCUGAAGGCGGUGGGAGAGAUCAUCCAGGACUAUGACAGCGACAAGCUCUUCCCUGCCUAUGGCUUCGGUGCCAAAAUCCCACCCGAUGGCAAGAUCUCCCACCAGUUCCCAUUGAACAACAACAUGGAGAACCCGAGCUGUGCUGGCAUUGAGGGCGUGCUGGAGUCCUACCUGCAGAGCCUGCGCACUGUCCAGCUCUAUGGUCCCACCAACUUCGCCCCUGUCAUCAACCAGGUUGCUGGGACGGCCGCCCAAGUGACUGAUGGCUCGCAGUACCACGUCCUCCUCAUCAUCACUGAUGGUGUCAUCUCUGACAUGCUGCAGACCAAGGAAGCCAUCGUCACCGCUUCUGCAUUGCCCAUGUCCAUCAUCAUUGUGGGAGUGGGUCCGGCUGAGUUUGAGGCCAUGGAGGAGCUGGAUGGUGACGAGGUCCGGGUGUCUUCCCGUGGGCGCUAUGCCGAGAGGGACAUUGUACAGUUUGUGCCAUUUCGGGAUUAUGUGGACGACUCUGGGAACCAAGUGCUGAGCAUGGCCCGUCUGGCCAAGGAUGUGCUGGCUGAGAUCCCCGAGCAGCUCCUGUCCUACAUGAAGACCCGCGACAUCAAGCCUCGCCGGGCAGACCCCCAGUAG